ACAUGCCCACCGCAUUAUAAUCAAACGCAUCUUUGUUAACUUCCUUUUCCGGUUCGCGACCAAAAUAUAUCGCAGCCAUGGGCAAAUUUAUGAAACCAGGGAAGGUUGUCCUGGUCCUAGGAGGCAGAUUCGCUGGCAGAAAGGCAGUUAUUGUCAAGAAUUACGAUGAUGGUACCUCAGAGAAACCAUAUGGCCACGCUUUGGUUGCUGGUAUUGAAAGAUACCCAAGACGAGUGAUCAGAGGGAUGGGCAAAAAGAAGAUGAAGCAGAGGUCAAAGGUCAAGCCAUUUGUUAGAGUAUACAACUUCAACCAUCUUAUGCCUACAAGAUACUCUGUUGAUGUUGGAUUCGACAAGGCUGCAGUCAACAAAGAGGCUUUUAAGGAUCCAGCCAAGAAACGCAAAGCAAAACGUGAUGUCAAAGCAAAAUUCGAGGAGAGGUACAAGAGUGGCAAAAACAGAUGGUUCUUCCAGAAGUUACGCUUUUAGAUGUACAAAGAAAAAAAAUAUUAAAAAUGCCUCUAAGA